AUGAAUUAAACUGCACCUGUUCUCACUACAUAAAAAAGAAGUUACUUAUUAAAUGCUUGUUUUUCAUCUCUAUUUGGAGGGCAUGAAUUAAAUUUACCAUCAAAGUUGUAUAUAUUACAUGUAGAAAUAAAUUUAAAGAGUAGGUGAUUAUAGAAUUAGUAAGUAUAAUUCAAACUUACAUAAUUGGAAAAUUAGUGGAUAAUUAUGCUAUUGUUUUGAUAGUGCCUGCAAGCAUCAAUACGAUACUUUAGAUUAGCUUAAAUUGUUUGAUAAGCGAAGAGCAUCGCAAGACGAGAUCAGAAAUUGGAUAAUUAAUAGGAAUAUUGAUUCCUUAAAGUAUAGGAACUGCUUCAGCAAUUAAAUAUGAUGGGAAUAUUUUAGAUGCAAUAGUAUUUUUUUUCUUGUUUCCUCGAGAUUAAUAUAUUGAAUUAGGAUUUACUUAAAUGGAAAAAUACUCUCGUUCCCGAUAUGCUUGUUUAUUUUUGAAAUUGAUCUUGAUAUUGACUCAUGUGAAUAGAAUGAUAAUAGCAAACAUAAUUAGAUACAUUUACUAUUUCACACCGAUUUUGAUAUGGAUGGGUUUAUAUGGAUAGUUUUCUUAAUUGUAUGUAAUUUUGAGAAUUGAAUUAGUUUGGAAUAUGUAGGAGAGCAAUUUAAUUUUUUAAUGGGAUCAUCAUAUUAAUCAAGUUAGACACGUACAUACUUGACAGUAUUAUUGAAUGUUUUAUUGAUUGCAAUUUGUUUGGGAUUGUCAUAUAUAGAAGAGAGUAGAAUAGCAAUAAUUUUAAGUGGUUGUUUAAUAAAUAUAAAAUUAUUCAAUAUAUUUGGAUCAAUGCCAUAAGAUAAGAAACAAAUUUAUAAAAAUAGUUAUCUUGAUAGAGCAUAUAUGUACUUAAAUUUAUUAAGUUCAUUAUUGAAUAUUAUUGCAAUUAUUUUAUGUGGAAUAUUGGCUUAAUCAUAUUAUAGAGAAUUAUAUUAUGCAAUAAUUCCAAUAUAUUUAUGUUAUGUAGUAUUACAAUUGAAAUUUGAAUGCUAUGUAAAAAAGUUCAAAAUGUUUCAUACAUUGAUUGAAUGCGCAUGUAUAUCAAUGAUGGAUUAUAAAUUUGAAGGUAUUUUUGCUUAAAGAUUAUUUGAAUGUUCUACAAUAGUAAGAUUGUAUAGUCUUAUCCAUUCAAAUCCGAAUUAUUUAUUUUUUGAAUAAUUAGUUUGUUUUAUAGUUUCAUUGAAUACGGAUUAUUCAAUGAGUUAAUGUUAAUUGAUUGGAUUUUUGGUGUAAGUGUGUUUGAGAUUCUUAAUAAGAAUGAAAUCUCGAUUGUUAAUAUGGAUAAUAGCAAAGUAAAGAUAAUUAUAAGUAGAUUAGUUAAAAGAUGUUGACAGUAAAGAAAUAGAAGGUAGAAGGUGCAGCAUUUAUAACAACUCUAUAAUUAGUAAUGUGUCCAUUAACAUUCUUAAUAAUGAUUAUAUCAAGUAUUUUGGAUAGUCCAUACAUGCCAUUUUUAGGAUUACCAAUAUUUCAUUUUGGAUCUUUGAGGCCAUUUAGAAAUGUAACUUAAAUUAGUAAACAGAUAACAAGUUCAUCAGAAGGAUCUAUUUACAAUUCUUAUUUGAGUAAAGCAUAUGAUAAAUUACUAUGUUCUGAACCCUUAUGGAGUCAUUAUUUGAUAAGGAUAGGAAAAUAUAUAGGAAUAAUUUAAUUAUUGGAAUAUUAGGGAGGAUAUGCAGUAAUAUAAUUUAAGGGUUUAGAAUCAUAGGAGACAACAAGUUGUCAUGGAAUUGAAGCUAGAGAAGUUGAUAGAUUAGUAAAUGUUAAAGAUUGGGGAUCAUUUUGUGGAAGUGCUCUUACAUAUUAAAAUGAAUUCUCAGUAUAGAGUUAUGAAGAAAAUUAAAUUAUUUUAACAGGAAUUAUUGAAGCAACAGAAUUUGUUAGUGGAUUUAAGAAGAUAUAUUUAAAAAUGUUAUGCUUUUAUGCUUAAGAAUUAAAAGAGAAUAAUUAAAAAUCAAUUUUAGAAUUAUCUAAAAGAUAUGAUGGAAAUGAACAUUAAUUUCCAAAUUCAUUUGGUGAAUUAAUCAAAUUAUCAAAUAAAUUUUAAUAAUUCAAAGAUGAGUAGACAAAUCAAUAAAUAAAUUAAUAAACAGAAAUGAAAAUAUAAGUUAGACCCCAAGUUAAAGUUUAAAUUAAACAUGAUGAAGAUGAUAUAAUGGGAAUGUUAGAUGAUUUAUCAAAAGAUAUUCCUUAAUAAACAAAGAAAUUACAUUAAUAGAGUAAUUCAUCAAACAAGAGUGGAAAUGGAGAAUUCUAUAUACAUGUUUAGAGAGCAAUCUUAUAUAUUUAUUAGAUUUCAUUAGGGGAUUUAGAUUUCAAUUUUGAGAGUAGAUUGAAUUAGAAGGGAUUAUUUACAUUAUUUUAAAGUUCAAAGUGUUUUUCUGAAUAAAGAUAAAUGAAUGGAAUUGAUUAAAUAUUAUCAGAAAUUGCUACGAAAGCAAUAAGAAGUGCAUUAAAAUUAAGUUUAGAUUUUUAUUCAAUAGAGGGUCAUUUAAUGAUGAAUGAUUCUGAAGUCUUAUAAGAAUUAAAUGGAAUGAAUGAAUGUUAUGUUGGAAUGGGUAAUGAGGAGGGUUGGUAAUAAGCAAUGUAAAGUAAUUUAUUAUUAUGGACAUUGGGAUAUGAUGGUGGUAAGAAUAAAUUGACAGUCUAUCGACAUACAUAUACAUAAAUAUAAUGUUAAAUAUUUAGAUUUGAUAGUGAAGUCAUAAGAGGUAUUGAAGCUAAUCUGUAAAUGGAAUUACUCUUUGCUACAAAUAAUGAUGAAGAACGGUAUUAUGAAUAAUAUAAUUAUUGUAGAUAUUCUAUUCAAACCCAUGAAUAGUUUUUUAGGAAUAUGAUCAUUGAAGGAUCUGAAUUACCUUUAGGAUAUGCUCCAUUUUAUUCUGGACCAAUAAUUCUUAGUUUAAGAUGA